GCGGGAAGACGUACCUAGGUCUCAUGUCUUUUCCACCGUCCAUCCAGCUCAUUACCCACCACUAAUAUAAUAUUAAUCUAGCAAGAUUCAUCUUAGUCUUCCCGAGAGACACAGACAUCCUCCAAAAUCGAGUCAUCACGUGGAUUUUGGGGUGAUCUAUUGCCCUCGUUUAGGCAACUAUCUCCGGCCUGAGUCACGGUUCUCCUUCGAUUUCCUCUCUCCAGCAAGCCUUUUGGAUAAGAGUAGAAGUUUGCAUCAGUACAGGUGUUCAGACUCGUCAUAACAAAUCGCCUACCCAAAUUCACGCCCACGAUGUUGAACAAAGCAGACCGUGCGAAGCUGGCGAAAAAGACUAUCAAUGACUUCAUUCCUCAUCUACUGAAGUCUGAUACACGUGCGAGAAAGGGUGUUGAAGGCAGCGAGCUGAUUCGCUUCUCACCCAUCAACGUCAACAAGAAAUCUUCUCACUCUCCAAGAACCUCAACAGACAACCUUCCAGAAGCCUCAGGGGCACGUCCUCAGGUUUCUCAAGGCUCUUUACACGAUUUCUUCCCAACUAUCCCAAAGGAGCGUAAGGUUGAUGACAAUCAGCAAAAUAUCAACUCAUCCACAUCGACUCCCGACGCGUCCCUUGCCGUUCCUGUACCAAAUCCUCCAAGAAUUCGUGUCAUUAAAUCGGACACAUUCGAUGCUGCCGAAGCAACUAUCAAAGCUCACCCUGGAUCUUCAAUUGCGGUCCUCAAUAUGGCCUCGGCAUUGCAACCUGGAGGAGGUGUAUUGAGAGGUGCUCUUGCUCAAGAAGAAGCUCUGUGCGUCAGAAGUACACUCUAUCCUUCACUCAAACCAAACUACUACCGCAUGCCAGUUCUCUCUGCAGUCUAUACGCAGGAUGUCCUCGUAUUUCGUGGCUCUGAUUUGGUCGAUCUCCCAAAAUCCGAAUGGUUCUAUACCGCUGUCAUUUCCUGUGCUGCUUUGAAGGGACCGGACGUGAAGAAGGUGGAGGAUGGAAAGAUGGUUUACGCAGAAGACAAGGAUAGAGAGAUCAUGACCGAAAAGAUCAGACUGAUCUUCCAGAUCGCGAAUGAUAAGGGCAUCAAACAUCUUAUUCUCGGUGCUCUGGGGUGUGGCGCCUACCAUAACCCACCAACAGAGGUUGCACAGAUCUUCAGAAAGGUGCUUCUGGGUGGACGAAGGAAGGAAGGCGUUACUGGAAUUGAAGAGGUCACCUUUGCGAUUUUUGACGAGGGAGAGAACCUGAGGUCGUUCAAGGAGGUGUUUGAGGAUGUCAUUGUUGAUUGAGUAUCAUUGAGAUAUUGCUAUACAGGAGAUCAACUGGUGUACAUUCGGAGACUUGGGUAAUUUCCUUCCAGAAUGUGGUAUACACUUCGGAGAAAAGCAUCGGCGUUGCCCCAAUGGACAAUUGUUACAGAAAUCUUGAUUCCUGUAUCUCUGAUUAAAGUCCUUUCUGUUGGUAUACGUUGAGUUUGGGUGUUACAAUUGAGAUCGCUUACGUAUGUAUACACAUAGCUUGCUAGCUACCUGUUUCAAUUGCUAACGUAAUUUCACUUUUGGAUCUUCAAUGUUCUCCAUCUUAUGAUCUGAACACCAGGAAUUUGACCGUGAUAUUGACUCUCCGUACUCGUUGCAGCUACCAUCGAGUAUCCGAGACUCUCAUCAAAUCAACGGACCUUGCAUCCGAGAAAGACAAUUAGCAUCCUGAUCGACAAUGACUCAUCCACACCGUGCAGCAGAAUAGAUACUUGAACUGCAGACUAGGACGUAAAUUUUAAGUCAAAUUUGAAUGCAGUAAUUAUGAACCUAGCAAAAGGUACACCUUAUACAGUAGCCACGGAAGUCGUCUCGG